AUGAUGUCAGAUAAAUCUUAGUAUCAAAGCUAAAACAAGAUAAAUAAGAUAGGGUAGAAGAGUUUUAGAUAAACUUAACCAAAUACUACUGAGUAUUCAAACAGAUCACAAUACUUUGACAAACCAUAUAAAGCAAAGCAAAUCAAGUAACUUGUGCCUGAAAAAACGGUAGACCCCUAUGAUAUGAACACGAUAAGUGGAACUAGAAUGCCUGAGUAUUCGCAAGUAAUCAAAUAGAGAGAUACUUAUGGCGAACUAGGAUGGAUACCCAAUUUUCAAGUGACUUUCUCAAAGAAUAAUCCAAGACUACAUAAAAAUUACUAGGAAUACUUUGAUAGACCUCAAGAAUAUCAUACAAUUUAUUAAGAUGCGAAUGUGACUUAAUCUGAAUUUUUCAGAUCAUAGGCUCCUUCGAACUCUGUGGCUAGGACUAGGAGAGCACAAUCUAGUUAUAGAUCAACAAGAUAGUCCAUGAAUUUUGGAAAUAAUUAGAAUUUUGAUGAUUCAUAGAGAUUUGAUCAAGUUUCUUAAUCACUUAUUGCUCCCAAGGCUACUCCUUUCUAUCUGAUUCAUGACAAAUCUAAUAAACAUAGAAUAGAUAAAAGAGUUAAGGAAACUCAGAGCUUAAAAAAUUGCAUUCCCUUCUUAAGAGUAAAUGAUGAUGACUAUAAGAAAGUUAUCAAUCAACCAUAGCAAAAGAGUUUUAGAAGGAAAUAAACAACCUAUAUAUCCCAAUAUUAUGAGAAUAAACCUCAAAAUGCAUAAUAAAGGACUAGAUUUCAGUCAGGGGAAAAGAGAUAUGACUAGAACUAUUAUCGUAAAGCUAAAAGAAGGGAAAAGGGAUGGGAACAAUAUAUUCUACCAAUAUCAAAAUUGAAUACUGAACUCCAUCUAAGUCAAAAGAUAAGCUUUGACAAAAUAUGA